CAUAUAUUAAUAUUAUAUAAGUAAAUAAAAUUAAAAAUUUAUAUAAAAAUAUAGAAAAUUAACAUAGAAAAUUAAACUAGCAAAAAAAAAAAUAAAUAAACACAAAAAAAAAUCAAAAGAUAAAAAAAAAAUUAACCAUUAACUAGCUCAAUUUUAACUUGGAUUAACAAGGAUAUUACAAGGAGAUCUAAAUAUAUAAAUAGCCCAGGAUAUAUUCCCCGUAUAUAUAUCAACAAAAUCACACAAACAAAUUAUACGUGUUUAUCUAGAAAAAAAGAGAAAACAAAAACAACAAUCAAGAAACCUCCCUCCAAAAAGGGAAUAAAAAGUGGAUUUUAUAAGUUAUGGCAUCAGUGCAAGCUAUUGCAACAAAUUCAAAACCAAUUCCAUAUAUGGCUGGCGCCGGUAUGCAAAAAGAUGCAUCAGAUCAAAACUUCGAUUAUAUGUUCAAACUAUUAAUAAUAGGAAAUUCAAGUGUUGGUAAAACAAGUUUUCUAUUUCGAUAUGCAGAUGAUUCAUUUACAUCGGCAUUUGUAUCAACAGUUGGUAUUGAUUUUAAAGUGAAAACAGUUUUUCGUCAUGAUAAAAGGGUUAAAUUACAAAUAUGGGAUACAGCUGGUCAAGAACGAUAUAGAACUAUAACAACAGCUUAUUAUAGAGGUGCUAUGGGAUUUAUUUUAAUGUACGAUAUUACAAAUGAAGAAAGUUUUAAUUCUGUUCAAGAUUGGGUAACUCAAAUUAAAACAUAUUCCUGGGAUAAUGCACAAGUAAUACUUGUUGGUAAUAAAUGCGAUAUGGAAGAUGAACGUGUCAUUUCAUUUGAACGUGGUAAACAAUUAGCAGAUCAAUUAGGUGUUGAAUUCUUUGAAACAUCAGCUAAAGAAAAUAUCAAUGUUAAGGCUGUAUUUGAACGACUUGUCGAUAUAAUAUGCGACAAAAUGUCAGAAAGUUUAGAUUCUGAUCCAACAUUAGUCGGUGGCGGACCAAAAGGUCAACGAUUACAAGAUACACCUCAAGGAGCGCCUAAUGCUAAUUGUAAUUGUUAAAAAUAAUUUAAAUUAUAACAAAAAAAAAAUUAUUAUAUUAUUAUACAUAAAGAAAAAAAAACAAAUAUAAUUAUAUAACAAAAAUAUAUAUAUAUAUAUAUAAAUAUAUUAAAAUCAUUUUAAAUAAUUAAAAAACAAACUAAACAACUGAAAAUAAUUAAAAAAAAGAAAAGAAAAUCAUAUAAUAAAAAUUAACAUUAGUAAAUAAUAAAUUAUAAAUACCUAUAAAAAUUAAAAGAAACAAAUUUUUUUUUUAUUUUUCAUGUAAAAAAAAAAUAUUUGAAAAUAAUAUUUUAAAAGUUAAUUAAAUAAAUUGCAUGUAAAAUUUAAACCAUUGGAAAACAUUUAUAAAUAUAUAAACAAAAAAAAAAAAGAAAAAAAAUGUAGGUGUAUAAUAUUUCAUAUAUAUAACAAUAUCACUAAUAUAUAUAUAUCAAAUAAUUUCAAAACGAAUUGAAGGAAAAAAAAAUUAAAAAAAAAAAAUAUGUUGAUAGUUUUUUACGUGUCCAAUCGCUUUCUUUUUCAUCCCUUACCAUUAAAAACCAAACAAAGAGUUCAAUCAUUAAACCAUAAAAGUAUAACUGAAAUAAUUAGGGCUUUGUAUUUUCAUUGAUAAAAUGGAAAAUUAAUUACAUAUUUUAAUUAAUUUUUAAUAAAUUUGGAAGAAAAUUUCUAAAUAUAGAAAGAUUUUUUUUUUUGAAUUUGAAUGAUUUUGUUUCUAUUCUAGAGCAAAUUAUUUUAUACUUCAAUUUUGGAAAGUACUUUUUCGCUAUAUAAGUACUUUCAAUCUAUGAGUACUUAAAUAUACUUUACUUAUAUUCACAUAUUAUACGUAAUGGGAAUAUAAUAUUACGUAUAAUAUUACGUAAUGGGAAAAUGUAAUAGUGACAAGUGAAAUUUCAGAAAUUCAAAGAUAUUAUAUUAUAAUAAGAAAUUAUGGUGCAUUUAAAUUAUAAUAUAUUAAAGAUUAUUUUUAUUUUAUUUUUUGACAAAAGUAAUUUUUAUAAAAAUAACUAUUGUGACUAAUUUUAAUCGCAUUAUAAAUCAGGUAUUUUGUUUUCAGAAAAUAAUAAAAUUAAAAGAAAAUUAUAGUUAUAUUUGGUUUUUCCUUGAAAUGUGAAAAGAAUUCCAUUCAUAAAUUUUAAAAUUUAAUAGCUCAUCUUCCUGUAAAGCCUUUUUCACUCCUUUGUACAAUUUAUGAAAAACUCAUACAAUUUUAAUAUGGAAAUUAAGUUUCUUUAAAUUUUUAUAUGCCCUUGUGCAACAUGUGUAAGUGCAUAUAGUAAUU